UUUUUUUUUGGUAUGUGUUGUUUUUCAGUGAUGAUUUAAGCUCGAUAUUGCUCAAGAAUGGAGUCGAUUUUUCUAAAUCGAUAAUGGAGUUUGAAAAUUGUGUUAUUUCGUAGUUUAUUUGAAAAAUUGAGUUAUUUUUAAAAUAGUUUUAAGUUUAGAUUUUAUUUUUUUCUAUCAUUUAAUAGUUGAUAUAAAUAUAUUAUAACUUUUGAAUCUGAAAAAAGUCUUUUCAAAAUAUAUAAUUUCGUUGAAAAUGUUAUGAAAUAAAUAAAAACAAAAAAUCGUGUGAUUAAAGAUUCUGUGUUUGUGCUCGUUUCUUGAUUUGUGGUAACGAUUCUUUUCUUUUAAUUGGUUUCUUCAAAAGCAAGGAGAGGAAACGAACAUGAGCAAUUCCAUUGGGCAUAAUUUGGUGAACCAAAGUUUGGUUCAAAGCAAGCUUAAUUCAUCUGGCAUUCCCGCAAACACUUUGUUUCAAACUCCUUCCUUUAAUCAGGUCGCAACUCGUCCACGGAAGUCACAAUCUUCCAAGGACUUUUCUAGGAACAGUUUGGUCAUUCGAAAAUCAAAAUUAGCCAUGGGAUCACGGCGUUCAACUGUCCCUCGUGCUGUCUUAGCUACGGAUCAAACUUCUGAGUUGCUCAAUGGAAAAGGUUGGCAAAGAGGGAGUUAUCACAAUUCAACCAAAAUUCUGCUAAUUUUAUGCAUGAUGGAAAAACCUUGUACAAUGAAUUGGAAGUUGUUGAAGGAAUGAAGUUAGACCGGGGCUACAUCUCUCCUUAUUUCAUAACAAACCAGAAAACCAAAAAUCUGUAAGUGGUUAUUAUCUUAUUGUGAACCGACGUUUUAAUACUAUGAAAUUUUCAGUUGUCAGUGUGUGCUAGAGUCAUCCUGGAUGUUUUAUUUUAGGUCUGUUUAUCCUCAUGUAGAGUUGUUUCUGUAUAUUGACAGAAAUUGGAAGAUCGUCUGAUUCUCAUUCAUGAGAAGAAAAUCUCAAGCAUUAAUGUUGUGGUUAAGGUCUUACAUCUUAUACAUUUCAAUUUAAAUGUUAAUCCUCUAAGAUUCAAAUUUCAAAAAAUUUAAAAAUAAACCCAAUAAUUAAACCCAAAAAAUUAAACAAUCCUUUUUUAAAUUAAACUCCGGUUAAAUAUGUUUAUAUAAAUUUAAAUUUAAACUCUAUAUAAAAUAAUACUAUUUUUUUUUUCUAGAAACAUAAAGUUACAGACUAAUUUCAUUAACAAUCAUCAAUAUAAAAUUUAAACUCUAUAUUAAAAAAUACCUUUUUUUUUAGAAACAUAAAGCUACAGACUAAUUUCAUUAACAAUCAUUAAUAUAAAUAUUCAAGUAUGAAUAAAUCAGAACAAUUCAAAAUCAGAACAAAUAAAUAUUCAAGUAUUUCAUUAAAUUUAUAAACAAAUAAAUUAGAACAAUUCAAAAUCUCAAAUCAAGAAAAUUAAAAAUUUAGAUUUAUAAUCUUUACAAAUAUGAAAAACUUAAAUAGAUCUAUCUACCAUUAUAAUGGGUUGAAAUCCCCACUAUAACAUUUGAAUAACAAUGUGUAUAUUAUAGGUUUAUAUAUUAGUUACUGAAUUCUUAAACAAAAACCACUAGAACUUAUAUAAAACUAAUAUUUACGUGACUCGUCACGUAACUCUCAUCUAGUAUCUUUAUAUAUUAAAAGUGUCUAUCUAACGGCAAUUCUUGGUUUAACAGAAUAUACUUAAAAAUAAAAGAAUAUUCUGUUAAAUUUAACGAUUAGGUUUGAUCUGCCGUUAACAAAUAAACGCAAUAAUUAAAUCAAAAAAUUAAACAAUCUUUUAAAUAUUAAUAAUCUCUUUUUAAAUUUAAAAAAUCA